CACUGUUUCAUAAUCCCCACGUCACUCUCAGGAAGAGAAAAAAAAAAGCGAGAGAAAAAAAAAUUAACUUUGAAUUCUGAGAGGAUUCUGGAUAUUCUCUCCUUAAUUUUUCUUUUUUUCCCUUUUUUCCCUACCAUUUUUUGCCCCUCGAGCGGCCGUCCCGUGACCGACGCCGAUCGGAUCUGACUUUCGCUUUGACGGUCGGAAUUGAUCUCAUCUCGCUUUCUCCUCCAUCGUCUCGAGACCUGCUGUGGUCUGUCUGCAAUUCCUGCUCCGUCUUGCUCCUCCCCCUUUAUCCUCCGUCUCCUGCCUCUCCGCUCCGCUCGGAUCCCUACUCCCUUUUCCCCCGAGUUUCCGAUCAACACCGCCAAAGUGUCUUCUCUUUUGAUUCCCCGUGCUAUCUCCUUCCCCCCGGAGGCCGACAACCGGCCGCACCGGUUGACUCCAGACCCCAACAUGUCUCAAAACAAGGAUAAGGCUGGAAGGAGGAGAAGGUCAAGCAGUAUCAUCUAUCAGGAGCCUGCGGAGUCCAUUGAACACACCAGUGAUCAGGCGGCCCUGCCCAAUCUGAAUGCGAACUGGGUGAAUGCCAAGGGUGCCUGGACCAUCCAUUUCGUUCUCAUCAUUGCCCUCAAGAUCUUCUACGACAUCAUCCCCGGGGUCUCGCAGGAAACAUCAUGGACCCUCACCAACAUCAGCUACAUGUUCGGCUCCUUCCUCAUGUUCCACUGGGUGCGGGGCAUCCCUUUCGAGUUCAACGCGGGUGCCUACGAUAAUCUCAACAUGUGGGAGCAGAUCGACAACGGAGACCAAUAUACCCCGACGAAGAAGUUCCUCCUCUGCGUGCCCAUCUGUCUCUUCCUGCUCAGUACGCAUUAUACCCACUACGACUUGACGUAUUUCACCAUCAACUUCCUGGCCACGUUGGCCGUGGUCAUCCCGAAACUCCCAUUUUCGCACCGAUUGCGAAUAGGGCUCUUCUCCGGCGAACCCGAGGAAUAGCGGUUUUUUUCCUUUUCGUUUCUUUUUAAUAAUUCCUUUGCUUUCCGUUGCUUUUUAAUCCGCCUCUCUCUCUCUCUCUCUCUCCUUUCCUUUUCUUGAUAAUAUUCUCCACUUGGCGUCCAUUACCGUUUGCUCCCCCGUUCUUUGUCUUCUACUCUUUUCUGCUGCGCGAUCCGGGGUGAAGUCGGGUCUCCCGUUGGGAAAUUGGCCGA